ACGUCUUAUUGUAGCGCGGCCGCAGUUUACCUAGGAGCGCGGGUCGGGAAUCCUAGUAUUUGGUGGUCGUCACAACCCAGGCUGUUGAGAGUGAUGGCGCAGAAACCGCUGCGCCUCUUGGCGUGUGGAGAUGUUGAAGGAAAGUUUGAUGUUUUAUUCAAUCGAGUUCGAGCAAUUCAGAAGAAAAGUGGAAACUUUGAUCUGCUGUUGUGUGUAGGAAAUUUCUUUGGCUCCACUCCAGAUGCUGAAUGGGAGGAGUAUAAAACUGGCAUCAAGAAAGUUCCUAUUCAGACAUAUGUCCUGGGUGCCAAUAACCAGGAAACAGUAGAGUAUUUCCAAGAUGCUGAUGGGUGUGAAUUAGCGGAAAACAUUACUUAUCUGGGUCGUAAAGGUAUCUUCACUGGAAGUUCGGGGCUGCAGAUUGUGUACCUCAGUGGGACAGAGUCCUUAAAUGAGCCGGUCCCAGGUUACAGUUUUAGUCCCAAGGAUGUGUCUUCCCUGAGAACAAUGCUGUGUUCAACAUCCCAGUUUAAAGGUGUUGAUAUCUUGCUCACAUCCCCAUGGCCCAAGUAUGUGGGGAACUUUGGGAAUUCUUCUGGAGAAGUGGAUAGCAAAAAAUGUGGCUCUGCUUUGAUCUCCAGUCUUGCCACAGGCUUGAAACCAAGAUACCAUUUUGCUGCUUUGGAAAAGACCUAUUAUGAGAGGCUUCCAUAUCGAAACCACAUCGUUCUGCAGGAAAAUGCACAGCAUGCCACCAGGUUCAUAGCUCUGGCAAAUGUUGGAAAUCCAGAAAAGAAAAAGUAUCUUUAUGCAUUCAGUAUUGUUCCUAUGAAACUAAUGGAUGCAGCAGAACUGGUAAAACAGCCUCCAGAUGUCACUGAAAACCCUUACAGAAAAUCUGGGAAGGAAGCAUCCGUAGGAAAGCAAAUUCCUGCCCCUGAGGAAGAAGCAGCCUGUCAGUUUUUCUUUGAUUUAAAUGAAAAGCAAGGAAGGAAGCGUUCAUCUACAGGCAGAGAUAGCAAGUCUUCUCCUCUCCCAAAGCAGCCUCGCAAACCUCCUCAGCCUCCAGGACCCUGCUGGUUUUGCCUUGCCAGCCCUGAAGUGGAAAAGCAUUUGGUGGUCAACAUUGGCACACAUUGCUACCUUGCCCUGGCCAAAGGAGGCUUAUCUGAUGACCAUGUCCUCAUCCUGCCCAUUGGACACUACCAGUCAGUGGUGGAGCUUUCAGCAGAGGUGGUAGAAGAGGUGGAGAAGUAUAAGGCUACACUGAGGCGGUUCUUUAAGAGUCGAGGGAAACGGUGUGUUCUAUUUGAGAGAAAUUAUAAGAGCCAUCACCUCCAGCUACAGGUCAUUCCUGUGCCACUCAGCUGCUGCACUACUGAUGACAUUAAAGACGCCUUCAUUACCCAGGCACAGGAGCAACAGAUAGAGCUGUUGGAAAUCCCAGAGCACUCUGACAUCAAGCAGAUUGCACAGCCAGGAGCAGCGUAUUUUUAUGUUGAACUUGACACAGGAGAGAAGCUUUUCCACAGAAUUAAAAAGAAUUUUCCUUUGCAGUUUGGAAGGGAGGUCUUGGCCAGUGAAGCCAUCCUUAAUAUUCCUGACAAGUCUGACUGGAGGCAGUGUCAGAUCAGCAAGGAAGAGGAGGAGACCCUGGCUCGCUGCUUCCGGAAAGACUUUGAGCCCUUUGACUUCACUCUGGAUGACUAAGCAAAGGGCAAAACACUUUAUGAACUUGACAGGAAACAGUAGCAGUCUGUUUUUUAAAGAAACUGCAGUCUCCCAUGGGGACUGUUUCCCUGCCUCUUUUUUGUGCAUUCCCAUGGAAGCUGCCUGCAGCAAGAAGCCUCAGAUUGAAUAUUUUUUUGGAAAAAAUCACAUUCUAGGAUGAUAAUCCUAUGUCUGUCAUCCAGCUCCAAGUACAGCUUGUGUUUAUCAACAUUUUCAAAAACAUUUAAACUAUCAAAUAAAAUCCAAAUGCUUUUC